GGCAGGAGAACCCGGGUGGCGACAUGUCUGACCACAUCUCGGGCCGCGGCGGCAGGGUUGGCGGCGUCUUCGGACCCGGCGAGGAAGGCGGCGGCAGAGUCGGCGGCGUCGUCGGACCCGGCGAGGAAGGCAGCGGCCAUAUUGGAGGUAUCUACCGUUCCAACGCCAGAGGGGGGGGCAACGUCGGCAGCAUCUACCGUUCCAACGCCAGAGGGGGGGGCAACGUUGGCGCCACCUACGCACCUGGCGCCGCCGGAGGCGGCAAUACCGGCGCCACCUACGCACCUGGCGCCGCCGGAGGCGGCAAUACCGGCGCCACCUACGCACCUGGCGCCGCAGGAGGCGGCAAUAUCGGCGCCAUCUAUGGACCUGGCGCAGGCGGCGGCAGCAUCGGCGCUACGUAUGGGCUGGGACCGGCGGGCGGAGGCAGCAUCGGCGCUACCUAUGGACUAGGCCCGGCGGGCGGAGGUAGCAUCGGCGCUACCUAUGGACUGGGCCCGGCGGGCGGAGGCAACGUCGGAGCCAUCUAUGAACUGGGCCCGGACGCCACCCAUGGACCGGGUGUGGGCGGCGGCGGCGGCGGCGGCAAUGUUGGCGCCGUCUAUGGAUACGGUGAGGGCACAGGACGGGGCCGCAAUGUCGUCGCUAUCUACGGACCCGGCAUGGGACAGGGAGGCACCGAACCUGGAGCAGGAGGGGGCAGCGGAGUUGGCAGCAUCGACAUACCUAUAACGGAUGCGGACGGCACCGACGAACACGGAACAGAAGGGGGCGGCGGCGGCUGGGGCGGCGUAAGUAUAACGGUAGGGGGAGGCGCCGAUGAAGCAGGCGCCCAAGGCCAAGGGGACGGUAGCGGUGGCGGCAUCAACAUACCGAUAGCAAGAGGGGAACCCGGUAGGGAAGGGGGCAGCCGCGGUGGCGGCAUCAACAUACCGAUAACAAGAGGGGAACCCCGUGUUGAAGGGGGCAGCCGCGGUGGCGGCAUCGACGUACCUGUAAUGGGAGGAGGCGACAACGAGGCAGGAGGGGGCAGCGACGUCGGCGGCGGUGGCGGCAGCCUUCGCGGCAAUAUAGGAGCCAUCUACGAACCUGGUGCGAGGAGCAGCGGCGGCAACAUCAACGAAAUAUUCAUACCCCGCCCGGGUAGCCGCGGCAACGCUGGUAUGUGAUGUGACUGGAGACCAGAUCGUCAGCAAAGCGAAGAACUAUGAAUCAGUCACGGAACGGCCUAUUGUCUUGGUUCUCUGGGUUUGUGCGUGCCGGUGCCUUCACCUUACUUUGCUUGAACGAAUAAACAAGGGCUUCUCUUAAAA